AUGCGUCAUCUAUGCAAAAAUACAUCAUUCGUGCAAAAAUACAUCAUUCGUGCAAAAAUACAUCAUUCGUACAUCACUCUUGCAGAAAUCCGUGCAGAAGUAGAUAGACGAUUAAAACUACGUUAUCCGUGUAAAAAUACAUCAUUCGUGCAAAAAUACAUCACUCUUGCAGAAAUCCGUGCAGAAGUAGAUAGACGAUUAAAACUACGUUAUCCGUGUAAAAAUACAUCAUUCGUGCAAAAAUACAUCAUUCGUGCAAAAAUACAUCACUCUUGCAGAAAUCCGUGCAGAAGUAGAUAG